CGGCGCGUGCGCGGCGCGGGGCCCCGGGCCGGAUCUCUCGCGAGGAAGGACGCCAUUAUCGCAGCCGCCGCACAAAACACCACGAGAACUCGGCGCCCGCCUCACACGGAGUGCAUGCCUGGGCCAGCUCUGCCCUGGGGAGCUGCAGUGGUGCCUGAGGGGUUUUGCUGCAGGUUCUGAAUGAUGUCAGAGCAGGAUUUGGCUGAUGUGGUUCAGAUUGCUGUGGAGGACCUGACUCCUGAUAAUCCAGUUGUGCUGGAGAACCAUGAAGUGGCAGAUGAUGAUGUGGAGCCUGCCCUGAAACGUCAGAGGAUAGAAAUCAACUGCCAGGAUCCCUCUAUUAAGUCGUUCCUGUACUCCAUCAACCAGACCAUAUGCCUGAGGCUGGACAGCAUCGAGGCCAAGCUGCUGGCCCUGGAGGCCACCUGCAAGUCCCUGGAGGAGAAGCUGGACCUGGUCAUGAACAAGCAGCACAGCCCCAUCCAGGUGCCCAUGGUGGCCGGGUCCCCGCUGGGCGCCACCCAGACCUGCAAUAAAGUCCGAUGUGUUGUCCCUCAGACCACGGUGAUCCUCAACAACGACCGGCAGAACUCCAUCGUGGCCAAGAUGGUGGGGCAGGAGGAGCCUCUGAGCAGAGCAGCAGAUUCCCUGGAGAACAUCCUCAGCAACGCGGUGCCGGGCCGCCGGCAGAACACCAUCGUGGUGAAGGUGCCCGGGCAUGACGACAGCCACAACGAGGACGGCGAGAGCGGCUCCGAGGCCAGCGACUCGGUGUCCAACAGCGGCCAGGUGGGCAGCCAGAGCAUCGGCAACAACGUCACCCUCAUCACCCUCAACUCCGAAGAGGAUUACCCCAACGGGACGUGGCUGGGUGACGAGAACAACCCCGAGAUGCGCGUGCGCUGCCCCAUCACGCCCGCAGACAUGCUGCACAUCAGCACCAACUGCCGCACGGCCGAGAAGAUGGCGCUGACCCUGCUGGAUUACCUCUUCCACAGGGAGAUCCAGGCCAUCUCCAACCUCUCGGGCCAGGGCAAGCACGGCAAGAAGCAGCUGGAUCCUCUCAUGAUCUACGGGAUUCGCUGCCACCUGUUUUACAAGUUUGGCAUCACGGAGUCGGACUGGUACCGCAUCAAGCAGAGCAUCGACUCCAAGUGCAGGACAGCCUGGAGGAGGAAGCAGAGAGGGCAGAGCCUGGCUGUCAAAAGCUUCUCCAGGAGAACCCCCUCAUCCUCCUCCUACAGUGGCUCAGAGGGAUCCCAGAGCUCGGUGUCAGCCUCCAGUGAGCUGCAGCAGAACCAGCCCCAGGCCCUGCACUACGCCCUGGCCAACGCUCAGCAGGUCCAGAUCCACCAGAUCGGAGAGGAUGGACAAGUGCAAGUAGGCCAUCUCCACAUAGCCCAGGUGCCCCAGGGGGAGCAGGUGCAGAUCACGCAGGACAGCGAGGGGAACCUGCAGAUCCACCAGGUGCACGUGGGCCAGGACGGGCAGGUGCUGCAGGGGGCUCAGCUGAUCGCCGUGGCCUCGGCCGAGCCCGCGGCCGGCGGCGUGGACGGCUCCCCACUGCAGGGCAGCGACAUCCAGGUGCAGUACGUGCAGCUGACCCCUGUGACCGACCACGCUGCCUCCAGCCAGGGCACUGAUUCCCUUCAAUCAGCAAUCCAGCCAGAAAUGCAGAUAGAACACGGAGCCAUCCAAAUCCAGUGAGAGGAUUGAGGAACAUUGGGGAGCUGGCAGUGAACUGCAGCCAGAAAUGGAGUGGGAAGGGCUGGAAAAACCUCCCAGACCCCAGAACCUGCAGCCUUGCCCUGCUCCCCCACCCCUGGGAUAACUCCAGCAUCACUCAGAGGUGCAUCACGACACCAAUCCACGUCCUGGCCUUCAAAAUAACCCCGUGGGCUGCACUUCAAUCCACUCAGAGAGGACAAAACAAACCUUUCGUGGGGAGAGGAAGAGCUCUCCUGCAUCCAAACUGUGAGACUCCAUCCCUGGCCAUCCUGUUGGUCCCUCCUGUGCAAAUGGAAUGUCUGCAGAUGUUUGGGUAUUGCUGCCCUGCAGUACCUGCUUUGCCACCUAGGGAAAGUUCCAGAGCUCAGAUAUUUUUCACUGUUGGAACAGUCUUUUUUUUUUUUUUUUUUUUUAAUUUGCUAUGGUGUUUAUAACAAAAAAAAAAAAAAAGGAAAAUAUUUAAAAAAAGGAAAAAUCCCUUGACAGCAAGUCUUGGCCUUUUGCUGGUGUUUUCUGUUCAGUGUCAUGAAAACUGUAUUUGCAGAAGACUAACACUUUUGUUUGUACUGUUGCUUAACUACUUUUCUAGGGGAAAAUGCUUUAAAAUGCUGUAAUUACGCAUUUCUAAUGAAAAAUAAAUGUGUAUUUAUGAAUA